GUCAGUUUUCACUAAGAUUUGUUUUGAUUGUUGGUUGUUGUUCUUUGAAGCAGCUGCUGGAGAACUGCGUGAGGUUCGCACAGACAGAUGGAUGAAGAACAUUACCCACUCGCUUCAGAUGAGAAUUAUUCAUAUGAAUACUCUUUUAAUGAAAGCAAUGUCUGUGAAAGGGGCAACUAUUUUGUAUUUUACACCCAUCUCACUACUAUCCUCUACACUCUGGCAUUUUUACUCAGCCUGCUAGGAAACACUCUAGUGCUAUGGAUUCUAUUCAAAUAUGAAAAUCUUGCAUCUUUAACAAAUGUCUUCAUCAUGAAUCUUUGUGUCUCUGAUUUAGUCUUCUCCUGCAUGCUGCCUUUCUGGGCAGUGGAUCAGUCCUUCGGGUGGAUUUUUGGUGAGUUCCUUUGCAAAGCAGUGAACGCUGUUUUCUCCACCGGCUACUACAGUGGUGUUUUCUUUUUGACUCUUAUGACUAUUCUGCGGUACUUGUCCGUCGUGAAUCCCCUUUCAACUCUGAGAUCCCAGACACACUGCUGUGGUUUUCUGGUGAGCUUGGCCAUUUGGACUUGUAGCAUAUUAAUUGUGGUUCCUGAGGUGAUUCACACCACUGUACAAGAAGGCUUGGAUGGCAUGAAGACCUGUGAUUAUGCUAACUGGAAAUGGAAGAAGGUGGACAUUUAUCAGAGAAAUAUACUCUUCCUGUUUUCCUUUGCAAUUAUUGUGUUCUGUUACUUCAAGAUAUUGAUAAUCCUGCUUGGAGCAAAAUCUCGCAGAAAGCACAGGACUGUGAAACUCAUCCUGAUUAUCGUGGUGGCUUUUUUCCUGAGUUGGGCACCUUACAACAUCCUCAGUUUUUUGACUACUUUUCCACCACCUACCUGUCAGUAUGAAAAGGACUCCAACCUUGCCUUUCACAUCAGCCGUAAAAUUGCUUUCUCCCACUGCUGCCUCAACCCUGUGCUCUAUGUAUUUGUUGGGGUCAAGUUCAAGAGGCAUUUGUUACGUUUAUGCAAUCAGUGCUUACCAUGUGGCAUCAGUCAUGUCUCCAGCCCUGGGAUCUGUUCUCAAGGCAAAUUCCACUAUGAAGAUGCAUCCAUCUACUGAAGCAAGACCUAGCUAUUAGCGCUAAUUCUGGAUGAACUUUCAGAUUUUAAAAGCCAUGGAUUAUCUCUAAUUUUCAGAGGCACUUCCCUGAAGAACAGAUAAACAAGUUUACUCUUUGCAAAAGAGUAUGGAAAAUAAUUAAAAAAUGUAUUUGCAGUGGGUUGGAGAAGCUUAGAAGCUAUUUCAUUCAUCCGUAAGUCUCAUGUUGUGCUUUUUUAUUCCAUGAGAUGGAUUUGUUCUCAUUGAUCUUUCUUUUUAGAAACAAAAAAAGUUUGGUUUUUUUUUCCUUUGGGAGCUAAAACAUCAGGCUUUCACAUACAUGGUACUGCAUGUUGCUUUCUUGUCUUGACUAAAAUACUUGGAUUGUGUAUAGCAAUGAACACAUAUGUAUUUCUGUAGCUGUUAGUGCUUUACAGUGGUGAAUAUCAGAGCUGAACUCAUCAGGUCUGUCUUUUCAGAGCUCUGAAGGUUUACUGGCCUGACAAUAGCAACAAGAUCUCAGAAUCUCUGAAGUCCUCAGUACAAAUGUUCUUUUGCCUGUUGGUGGGUAAAUGUAUAUAAAACUGGCUUCAUGUAAAGGCAGUUUUCUGCAUCUGAAAUGGGAAGUUUGGGAGUCCUAAAAGGAACACAAGUUGUAAUAAGAUACUUUGGUUGCCGGGAUAUUCUUUUUUCUCCUGUCACUGCUCCUGUCACUGCUCCUGCCCCACGCACCUUCCAGUCUCUGAAUAUCCCUUCAGAUUGUUGCAGUGGAUCUGCAGCCUAUCUUCCAUGCAAGGCAGGAGCAUAUUUGCCCUUAAUUGCUGUCUCCCUCCCUCUCUCCCUUUGCCAUAGCUCUGAGAAGAAUUAAGCUUUAUAAAAAGAUUAUAGUGCAGAAUAAAUUGCUUAUUUCAAUAGCUGGAUAGAAAUAGCUUGCUUUUUUUGUAAAAUUAAUGUUUAGCCUUUUUUAUUAGGAAGCGAGAACAGCAGAUUUUAGCCUAUAUUUUUGCAUGCUUGUUCCUUUACAACUUUUCUUUUAAAUCCUUCACAGAGAUGUUGAAAUCUCUGCUUAAGACCUGAUCGUCAAAGCCAGCCAUGUGUUUGCUUUUGACCUGCCUCAUGUCUAAAUACCAAAUAUGCUCACACCUGGUCUAGCCAGCUUUCUGGGCAGAUGCAGUUCUUUCAUGUCAUGGACCCAUUUCAUCUGCACAGGCAGGUGGGAAGUAAAGUGCAAAUAUUUGCACAAACCUAACUUUGAAAUUGCUAAGAGGCCUCGUUGUGAUAAGUGCAGGUGUAUUUUUAAAUGAUUGUUAAAAUAUGAUUUCACAACUAAAAGCAAGCUGAGGGAUUCCACUUCAACAUCACACAUUAUCGCAACAAAACCGAUGACAUUGUGAUCGCAGCAGUCCAAAGCAACAUUUUUUUCUCCACAGGAACUGAUAUUCUUCUUCAUGAUAGCUCUUUUUUUUUUUUUUUUUCCCCCUAGGCAGGAAAAAAACCCUGUAAAAAAGAGGUACUGCCUACUCCAGUGUAACUAAAUUAGAAAGCCUCUGGAAACUGUAAUAUUUCAUUGCCUAGAGUUUGUAUAGAAAGCCAAGGCAGCUUUGCAAUGGCAUCAAACUUGAUUUUUGUUCUAAGUAGCAAUUUGGGGUUUUAGACAACCAUCUUUGAUGAUCUCUAUGUUGUUUCUACACUACUUCAUUUGAUCUCUAAAGAUCACUUGGAGCAGACCACAAAUUCUUCUGAGCUGCUGUGUAGUUUGUAAGAAAAUGGAAACUCAGUAGUGCCCAUACUGAGCCAGACUAAAGGUCCGUCUAAUCAAAAACCCUAGUUUCUGAUAGGGUUUGCUAAUAGUUUCUAGUUGUGCUUCAGUUCAGCUGCCAGAAUGAAAUGCUCAUAUCUUGUUCCUUAUCAUCAGAGGCACCUUCCUGAACAAGGCAGUUCUGGUAUCACAAUAUUACAGUUAUAGCCUCAAGCUUGAAAAAAAAAAAGUUACUCAUUAAUCCUGUAGGGAACGGACUUGUGUUCAAAGCAUGGAACAAUGGAACUUGUCAUCAGUCUGAUUUGUGGUGAAGUCCAACCUCCAGCUCUUGUCUCUUGGUAAGAGAUAACAGACAAGCAAACUGAAUGUGAUUCCUUCCAUACACUUCAAGAGACUUUAGACUGGGGACUCAAUACCUUCAGCUAUGACUCAAUACCUUCAGCUAUGAAAAGACAAGCUACUAAAGGACAAAUGAAUCGCAGUUCUUCUUCUUAUGUUUUGGUAAGUCAGGAGCACUUCACUGACAUCAACAAAGCUCUACAAGAGGAAAACGCUGGGAAAAUGACUAGAACAAGGUCUUAUGCAUCCAUAUCAUUUCAACAAACUGUCAUUCAACUCACUGUUCUAGAUCUACACUACCUUCUAAUUUGUACUGUCAAUACAUUUCACAUUUAUCUAAAAAAGUCAAGCAGUAUAACAGAGGCACAAGAUAUUUAAAUGAUCCUGCUCUGCCCAGUUUUUAGCAAGUUAUUUAAAUCUGUUUGUAGCUUGGGCAUAUUUUAUUAGAGUAUAUCUGAGCAUGUAAAGGGAAUGCUGAAUACUACCCAGUUGUAUUGCUGCCUACUCUAACCACAGUAACUCAGCAUACGGAAAUUUCUCUUCUUGGUCUGAUGAAGUGGUACUAAUAAACAUUCAGAAUUUCAAUGGAAUACUACGCUGUGACUACUGCUCUCUGU